CUCCAGAGCGUGUGAAUAUUCCAGCCCCAGCUCAGCUUCUAACCCUGCUCCAACCUGCACAACCAAAGCAUGCUUUCCAGCCUCUAGAGCGGAGCCCAUCGCCGCUGCCGCUGCCGCUGCCGCUGCCGCCGCCGCCACCACUGCCUCUGCUGCUGCCGCCGCUGCUUUUUAGAUCCCUCUGCAAUCUGGCUGUCUAGAUAUAGACGACAUACGCCUUUACCAAAAGUGUGUGUGGAAUCGACUUUCUAUCUGAACACUACAUCCAAGGAGGUAUCUAAACGUUCCGGGACCAAGAAGAUACAAUGUUCAGGAGGUUGUUUCAGCAAUGGAGCUUUGCGGUGUUUCUGCUGAGUUACUCUGUUCCCUCUUGUGGGAGAUCAGUGGAGGGGCUCAGCCGCCGACUCAAAAGAGCUGUAUCGGAGCACCAGUUCCUCCACGACAAAGGGAAGGUUAUUCAAGAUUUACGACGAAGAAUCUUUCUUCAAAAUUUGAUUGAAGGCAUUAACACAGCUGAAAUCCGAGCUACCUUAGAGGUUUCUCCUAACCCCAAACCUGCUACCAACACAAAGAACUAUCCUGUCCGGUUUGGAAGUGAAGAUGAGGGGAGGUACCUAACUCAGGAGACCAACAAGGCACAGACCUAUAAAGAGCAGCCACUGAGGACAUCUAACAAGAAAAAGAAAGGCAAGCCUGGGAAGCGCAAGGAACAGGAAAAGAAAAAACGGCGAACUCGAUCAGCCUGGUUAAACUCGGGAGUAGCUGGGAGUGGGGGUGAAGGGGUUCACCUAUCAGACAUCUCUGGGACUACGCUGGAUCUCAACUUAUGUACAGAAAACCUAUGGGGUUUGAAAGACAGAUGAAAACAACACGAGAACACAUCAGAUGCAACCAAUGAUUUCUUACCAUUCAAUACUCCCCCUCCAUCCCACCAAUCUUUUUCAAGUUCUCUGGCAGAUAGCAGUACAGAAUGAUUUGUUUUUAGGCAAUUCUGAACCUGAUACUCAGCAUCACUUCCUGAGUUAACUGACUAAAAUUUAGUUUGUAUAUUAUAACAAAUGUCAAGUUAUUUUAUGUCAUUAGGAUAGCUUAAAGAGUAAGCGAUGUCAUCACUGAAGACUGCUUGGGUUCAAUGAAUGACCUAGCACAAAUACUGAAUGCAUCUGUAAGUUACAAGGCCUAUAUAUCUUAGCUCAUUUGCUGAUAAUUAGUAAAUAUCUUCAGCAUGUUUUAGAUAUAUUCCUACAUGUACAUAUGCAUGAAAGUGAGUAAUGAAAACCAGUAAAUUUUAUUAUUAGGUUCCAUUGCUAUUUUAUUACUUCUACAUAUGCUAGAGAUCUGAAAAAGGCAACAUAAAUACUUUAUUAUGGAUUUUAUUGGCUGACAGUUUAAGUUUUCAGUGCCCUUGAGUGUCUAGAGAAACUAUGAAAAUAAGCACCAGUUCUUGUACCAAGGGCCCAAAAGAAACCAGAGUAGAUCAAGUGAAAAUUAGACAUUGGCCUAAUGCAAUUAGGUCUCACACCCACACAUGUCUGCCAUGUGAAACUUUGCCCACAAGAUUGGCAGUCAAUCCAAUGCCUAAUAGGCUAAAAAGAAAUAUCUGUUUCUUCUCUCUAUUCUCUUAUUGUUAGAGGUCUCGUGGGACUGUUUUCUUGUGUGCUAUAGCCAGAAAUUUAUAUUCUCUUAAUGUAGUAUGGCAAACUGUAGAAGAAAGUGGAUUGGGUAGGAGGGGGAAGAGAUGGCAUUGUUAAAAAUGGAUGGGGCCAUACAAAUUUUUAAGCAUGUGGAAUAAUAAGCCAUAUGAAAUUUGUUUGGCUGAUAUAUCUCUUCAGUUUAUAUUUAAGAAAUGUAAGUGUAUUUUAUGUUCUUUUUCAGCAUUGAGAUAAGCCAAAUAAAAGUUUUUUCAGAUACAAGUAUUUUAGAAAACCAUACAGAAGACCAUCAGGGGGAGGAGGCAUUUAACCAUUUCUUAAUGCCCCGUCCUUUUUCUGUGGGUGGGAGGGGAAGACGUUAUUAACAAAAUUGUCUGACAAUGGAAAAAAAUAGAAACUGGUAAAGCCAUAAGCUUGAAACAUUUUAUAACAUCUAUAGAGUUUUGGUCCUUUAAAAACUAUCAAGCUAAUCUUUUGUUUCUUUUCAUAUGGCAUGCAUAGUAAGAAAUGUAUUGCUUUACCUUCUAAG